AUGCCGUACAACACUCGUCGCAAGUCACUAUCUCUCCCAUCCUUGGGCAUUCAGCUGCCAAAUUCCACUCGUCGCUCUCCCUCUAUCUCAAAAGUGCAUACCGACGAGCAACCCACAAAAAAAGUCAAGAGAUCGCAUGGUUCAACUUCAUUAUCACCCGAGCCAUCCGACCCAAAAACUAUUGCGCGCGCUGGCCGACAUGGACUGCUUGAGAUUACACCCCCUCCCUCGCCUAUGGAUGGAGCGCCUGCUCCCAAGAUCGACACAGAAGGAAUUAACGACGAUAUCGUUGUCGCUGUAAUUAACCAACUGGAGAAGACCGGGAAUCGCCCUCAUCUUGUGAAGGAACUGGCCGCAGUCCUGGUCACACUAAAUGUCAAUGUCGCAAAUUCCGCCAAUCCCGCUGCGCUCCUCUCAUCGCGGUUAGCCGCCUAUAUGAAGCGUCCUUGGACGGCCCUCGCGCCGUGUCCUAUGGCUAAGGAGCUUAUUUUAAUUCAUCCGCGCAAAGUGUACUACUAUCUUACUACGUUUCCCCACCAACCCAUUCCUGAGACAGACGAUCUGGCAUCCGCCGUGGGUAGCAAGCACAUCACGCCCAGUGUUUCCAGUCUCGAGGAUGAGGAAGACGCGAUGGUGCGGGAACGUAGCCCCAGUCCCGAAGUGGACUUGUCUUCUCCCGAUUUCGAGGAGCAUGGUGAUUUGAAUACCUCCACUAGCCAUGGUUCUUCUGAUCACUUCCCCAACGCUAGUAAUUUGACGCGUCUCAUGAACUCGCAUCGCGCGGCUUCUCCGCCCCUGGAGGGCGACGAGAAGGAGUUUACACAAACUGCCAGCGCCGUGCGUGAGCGCGCAUCCGAGGAAAAAGCCGAGUCGAGCCGUAGCCAGUCCAUCCUUUCCGAGAGCCUGAGCGCCUCGGAGGACCGCGAUAUGAGCAUCUCUGAAUCUCCUAUGAAUGGUGGUUCAGUGUCUCCGUCUAUGCACGGUGAUGGCAUGUCUGAAGAAGAGUAUAGUGACUACUUCUCUCACAUGCCCGCCGACCAGAUGGCCCAGGAUCUGGACGAGGCUGCCGCAACUGCCCUGUUCGGCACCUCCCCCUCCCCCUCCCUCACCUCCAUUGCAUCGUCUGUCUCGUCUGGCACGAGCGCUUUGACAGAUAUCAGCCUUCCCGAAGAUCCAGAUGCCGCGCCUGUUUCGACCCUCAAGCGCUCGCUUGAUAUGUUGAACAGCGGCCUUCCGGACGUCGAUCUGAAGAUGUCGGACCUGACGGAAUCACACGAGAGGCUCACCCUUACUCCUCGGCCCGUUUCUUUGAACUCGGGGUCCGUCUUCGAAUCCUGGAGAGAGUUGCAGAACCCAGAGAUGGUGGAAGUCGAUGAGCUCGACGAGAUGUUUGGCGAAUUCUAA